UUCAACUCGACCAGUUGAUGGAACUCAAUUCACCCACUCUGUCAUCCAGCUCCCUGCUUCCUUGGCCCAUCGGAUGGGUGAAGCUCCAUAAUCGAGUGGUUGAGUGGUGAAGCGCACGAUGUCCGCUCCCGGCUGUUCGUUGCGACUCGGCGCUUUGCGGGCUACCCGACAUGGCCUGAAUGCACACCCCCUUCGAGUACCAUGCUCGGCUCCUCCACAUUGCGCCGCGAGGCUGCUCGUCACAACUCAGCAGAGGCGCAAUUUCCACCCGUCACGACCUACUCGAAUGGUUGCCACAUCCAUUGAGUGUGCCCACGAUCUCUUACAAGUGGUCCAUACAUAUACUGGCCUUCCCUGGGUGGCUUCCAUCCCGCUCACAGCUAUUACAGCCCGGGUUAUGUUCGGAUUGCCCUUUCUCAUGUGGUCAAAAUCGCAACAAAACAGAAAAGUGCUUGUAGCCCCAGCGAUGAUUGCCUAUACCCAUAUGAAGAGGAAGAGUAUCAUGGAUGCAGCUGCCAAGAAACAGCAGUUUCUAUCACCACGUGUUGUGAGCCGCCACACUGCUGUGGCAGCAGCGCAGUUCAAAAAGGGGUUGUUUAAGCGCCAUCACCUUCGGUUGUCUUCGUUCGCUCCGUUCGCUCCGAUAUUACAACUCCCCUUUUGGCUCGCUUUUAUGGAGAGUAUCCGAUCAAUGAGUGGGUGGCAACCUGGUCUCCUCGUCAUUUUGCAACAGUGGUUUAAUCCGAAUGGCGUCAAAGCUCAAGUUCCAGUGGAAUCUUCUCUCUCCACUGAAGGGGCGCUAUGGUUUCCUGACCUUAUGGCCGCAGAUCCCCUCGGCGUGCUUCCAGUUGCUAUUUCGGUUUUGAUGUUCAUCCAUAUUACUUGGGGUUCCAAGAUUAACAAGAUGAAAGAUAUUCCCAAAUUGGUAGCACUAGGCAACUUGCAGGGCGUAUUUAGUUGGGCGAUCCAUCGCAUCUUUCAAGCAAUGUCGAUCUGGAUUGCGCCGGCUCUAUUGUACUCACAAGCCCCUGCAGCUCUCUGUAUCUACUGGCUAUCCACGACUUGCGUUGCAAUUGUCCAGUCCCGGCUUCUGCAAAUGUACAUGCCGACUCCGAACAUCCCCAUGCCUUGCAGAAAACGGACGAUUGUGAGGUUUAUGUAUGAACGGAAACCAGGCACUCAAGAGCUUCGUAAGGUCCCUCGGUUUGGAAUGAUGAUGUGAUUUGCGAAAAAAUUCUCUACAGAACAACCCUUUGUUUCUCUUGCAGUAUCGAGGCCUGGAAGUGUGAUAUUUGAUAUAUUUUAUAGAUGGCUGGAGCGUUCGAGGAGACAGGGUGCCAUGUUCAUUAUGGAUUCUACAGUGACAGGUCCUCCAGACAAGUUUACCCCCUAUCUACUAGACCUGUACUGCGCCGGAAGGAUCCGAACUCUGUUCACCAUAUGACGGAAUAUCGACGGGAUGGUCACUCGUACGGAGCUUACUGGGAGAUUUGGAGGGAGGACGAGAAUAGAAAUAUAUCAAGAUAUAAAAUGUCUUGCCGGCCUCGCACGGGGCCAUGGGGAAGAGAGCCUUCGGAGCAUGUAUUUUCUCGAAUGAAGAUCAUAUGUAUAACUAGUACACAACGGGUGGAAGGCUGCGGCAUGGGCAUUGGCGCAUUGAUUUGAUGUGUUUUUUUGUGCGUCUGGCAAGUGACUUGAAAUUGUUUGGUUUAAGGUAUAGAAUACCCAGAUAUCUAUUUGGAUAGGGCCGACAUCUUGCACAGUACAUAAUUUGAUUUGGUGUAUUGUUCUCACUUGUUUAUGGAGCCUUCAGCAAGCCCCGUUUUGGGGAUAUUGGUAGCUUAAUUUAGCACUUUCAUGCUGCAUGAAAGGGAAUAAUAACUAGAAGAACAAAUAUCGAAGAGAAGCGAGAAAGAAUCAAAGAGCUACCGUAUCUUUUAACAUACGUAUAUCGAGAGAUUCGUCAGGAAAUUCUCUUCAAGCUGGGCCAAUCAGAUCUUUAGAAGAAGGACCUACAACCCAACAAAAGAAGGAGAAAUAUGAAAGUAGUAAGGGAUCCGACCGUACCAAGAAAGUAGUAUGAGAAAGACUCGGAAAUUUACGAUGCAAACAAUCAACUGA